UUCACACAAACAGUGUAUCUCAGAAAAAAACACCGGACAGACCAUUUAGGAAUACGAUUACGAAUCCUGCGUUAUUUUCUACAUUCACUGAAAAAAUUACUCGAAAUUUAAUUUACCAUCAAGUGCCAAUCAUUAAGUCUAACAAUGGUUGUCCGUCCCUACGAGCAGGAAUUAAAGUACAUUGAGAAAAUCAAUGACCAUUCCUAUCGCAUCAAAGUCGGAUUCCAACCAAACAUGAAUGUCGAGGGAGUCUUCUACGUAAACAGUCACCUCGAAAAGUUGAUGUUCGAAGAAUUGCGAAAUGCCUGUCGACCAGGCCAAACGGGUGGCUUCUUGCCAGGAGUCAAACAAAUAGCCAAUGUUGCUGCUCUGCCCGGCAUUGUGGGAAAAUCGGUCGGUUUACCGGAUAUACACUCCGGCUACGGAUUUGCUAUUGGUAACAUGGCAGCGUUUGAUAUUAACGAUCCGAAUUCGAUUGUGUCACCGGGUGGUGUUGGUUUCGACAUUAAUUGUGGCGUGCGUUUGUUGCGUACGAAUUUGUUUGAGAAAGAUGUACAGCCAGUCAAAGAGCAAAUUGCCCAGAGUUUAUUCGAUCAUAUUCCGGUCGGGGUCGGUUCCAAAGGUAUUAUACCGAUGAAUGCCAAAGAUUUGGAAGAAGCUUUGGAAAUGGGAAUGGACUGGUCGCUGCGAGAAGGAUACGUCUGGGCUGAAGAUAAGGAACAUUGUGAAGAGUAUGGACGCAUGUUGAGUGCCGAUCCGUCAAAGGUCAGUAUGCGUGCAAAGAAGCGAGGUCUACCACAGUUGGGAACAUUGGGUGCAGGGAAUCACUACGCCGAGAUUCAAGUGGUUGACGAAAUCUACGAUAAAUUUGCGGCGAGCAAAAUGGGAAUUGAAGAUAAAGGGCAAGUUUGUGUGAUGAUUCAUUCAGGAAGUCGAGGCUUCGGUCAUCAAGUUGCUACGGAUGCAUUGGUUCAAAUGGAAAAGGCAAUGAAACGUGACAAAAUUGAAACCAACGAUCGACAACUAGCUUGUGCACGGAUCAAAUCCACCGAGGGACAAGACUAUCUAAAGGCCAUGGCUGCUGCAGCAAAUUUCGCUUGGGUUAACCGAAGUUCGAUGACAUUUUUGACUAGACAGGCCUUUGCAAAACAGUUCAAAACUACCCCGGAUGACCUGGAUAUGCAUGUCAUUUACGACGUGUCACAUAACGUUGCCAAAAUUGAAGAGCACAUGGUAGAUGGAAAACAAAAAACGCUUCUAGUCCAUCGAAAAGGCGCUACAAGAGCCUUCCCGCCACAUCACCCAUUGAUACCAGUCGACUAUCAAUUAACUGGUCAGCCAGUGCUGGUUGGUGGCACUAUGGGAACUUGCAGUUACGUUUUGACGGGAACCGAAAAAGGAAUGAGCGAAACGUUUGGCUCGACGUGUCAUGGAGCGGGACGAGCUCUGUCGCGCGCCAAGUCACGCAGAAAUUUAGAUUAUUUGGACGUGCUCGAAAAUAUGAAAUCUCUUGGCAUAGCGAUACGCGUUGCAUCACCGAAAUUGGUAAUGGAAGAGGCACCAGAGUCCUAUAAAAAUGUUACCGACGUUGUUGAUACUUGUCAUGCCGCUGGAAUUAGCAAAAAAUGCAUUAAGUUGAGACCGAUCGCUGUAAUCAAAGGCUAAAUAAAAUUUUCAUAAUUUU